GAACAAAGAAGGUCCUUUGUCAUCAUCGACGGAAUUAGCACCGUACGACUUUCAACCUUCCUGCGUCUGGUGGCACUUUUACUUGACCCUGACUUACCUGCCACCUAGUUACUGCAAACUCUUGCCCAGCUGCUAUAGAAUCUUCUACCACCUCGUCACAAACGCGAAACCGGCUUUAAUCUGCGCUCUGCCGGGGUGCUUGAUCCACAACUGCACCCGCCCCAGAGCCUCUGCCUUCUCCAUGACAUGCCUCCUCGAUAAGACUCCGAUACCCGGAUUGGGAAGCACCCCAGGCACUCUCUAAAUCAGUUGCGGCAUUCCAUAUAACUCAUACCUUGGUCAAUCGCCGAUAAUAUGAAUAAUUCUUCGUCCCUCCAGCCGAACGCGCCGAAGCGCGCCCCUCCUCCGCCCGGCGCGCCGCCGCUACGACGCACCAAGCCGGCAGCCGACCCUCUCGUGGCGAGGAAGAAACGAGGCCCAAAACCAGCGUUGUCACGACCACCUCCGAAACCCUCGCCGGCAUCCGGUCAGAAUCGCAUCAACGCGCCCACUGGCAGAGCUCCCAAGGAGCCCUCUUUCGGCCCAGGAUCGUCCAAAGACGAGGAGAGACUCAAGGCAUUCGAGGCGAAGCGAGCCGCCAAUGGUGGAUGGUCCCAGAAUCCGCCCGUUGAAGAUUUCAAGGAGUAUCCUCUGGUCACCACCAAGCGCGCCCUGAGGGAAGGUCUGCGCCACCAUAUCAUGCGCUUCAACCGAGCAAAGGACGACAAGCCUGCCGAUCCUACCGAUCAAGACCAAUUCCCGCGUCCCGUGUCAUUGCACCGAAGAGACCCACGGCAGCCACCGGCUGGGCGGAUGAUGGACAUCAAGGACGAACUUCCACCGUUGAACCCAGCGGAUGAGGCGGAUGCGGAGAGGCUUCGUCAGUUGAAGGCCGAGAGGGAGGCACAGCGUGCCAUCGAUAUGGCUCAGAUUGCCCCCAUUGCCAAGCCUAACGACCCAAAGCCUACCAAGCAGGUCAAGAAAGAGAAAGCCUUCUCCACGUACCGCCCCACCCAGACGGAUGAGACCAAGAAACAACAGGAGCUUCGCUACGAGGAAACGCUCCCCUGGCACUUGGAGGAUGUGGAGGGCAAGAAUGUCUGGGUGGGCUCCUAUGUUGCUGCUCUGUCCGAGGUCAACGUAGCCCUCGUCAUAAGUGGUGGAGGGUUCCGCAUGAUCCCCUUGGAGAGAUAUUACAGAUUUAAUGCGAAGCCAGCUUUCCAACGGUUUUCUCUAGAAGAGGCCGAGAAGAUGAUGGGCAAGAACGCGAACGAGGUUGGGCGAUGGGUUAUGAAGGACAAAGAGAGGGCCGAGGCGGACAAAGAGUAUCAGGACUACAGGAAGUUCCUCGGCGGGCCCGCUCGAGUCAAGAUCGAGAAUUCGAAUGCUAUACCAAAGUCGGAGAGGACGGAUGACCACGACCUCGAUAUGUCGGGGGAUGAGUUCCAGGAUGACGAUGAAGCUCCCGGUUUUGAGGCUGAUGAUGAAGACGCCCGGGACGCCAGAGAACGAGUGCGUCGUGACCACCUGGGAGCCAACAAUUUCGGCGAGGUUGAGGAGGAAGAGGUGGAUAAGGAGGAGGAAAUCGAAAAGCUCGAGAAAAUGCGCGAGAAGGUUCAGGGAAAGCGCAUACGGAGAAACCUAACCAGGUUGGAACGUGCAAUGGAGUACAGUAGCGACUCGGAUUCAGAUAAUCCAUUUGCUGAAUCUUCGUCUGAGUCGGAAGAUGAAAAAGAAAAAGAGAACGAGGACAAGAAGGAAGAAGACGGCAAGGACGGCAAAGACGGUAAAGAUGUCAAGAAACAGGGCGACGAGAAAGAGAAGCCAGCCUCCGGCGCUAAUACCAAGGGAAAUACGACGCCGUCGGGCAAGCACAAGGCCAGCGAUAUGAAGAAGAUUAAGUCUCUCAAGCGCCCCGGGUCCCCCAAUCUGUCCGAAUCUAGCGGUAACGAGUCCUCGCGCAAGAAGAAGGUGAAGAAGACGAAGGCCGCUGCCACUGCGUCUCUGAACGCCAGCCGCGCAACCACUCCACUACCGGGGCGAACAAAGAUGGCCGGUGCUACCAGUGAUGGCGAGGCAACGGCAGGCGAGGGAUCAGACGGAGGUCUGAAGCCAAAGAAGAUCAAGCUCAAGACGAGCACCGGCGCGAAGGGCACUCCCACUGGCUCGCGGGCUGGUAGCCCCGUUCCUCUCGGAAACAAACCAAAUUCUCCCUCUAAAGCCGAUACUCCACGCGGAUCGCCAGCCCCAGGAUCACCCACCGGCCCCGUCCAGGCAUGGGAAAUUGCCCAGGCGCUCGAGGCCAGGCCCGAGGGGAUAUCUCUCGGAGAGCUUCUCCGGAUGUUCUCUCAUCGCGUGGAGAGCGAGAAGCACCCGCAUUUGAUGAAGAGGCAAGAAUGGAUUGCUCUGGUUAGACAGAAUGCAUCGUAUGGCCCAGAUAAGCUGGUACGGCCAAAGGCCAACCCUGGUGCAUAAAUCUGGGGAGCCUCAUGAGGCGGCUUGAUAACAUAUCGCUGGCUUCCUGGGGAGACUCCAGCACGGGUAUGAGGUCCUUGGACUCAUGGAUGGAUGAACGGAUGGAUACUUUGGUCAAAAAGAACACAGGCAACCGAAGCAGAGUCCAUUUACAUGCAUUAAUCACGCCCUGUUUGAUAUUUGUACAUUAGGCAUAGAAUUGCCUCUUUCCAAGAUAGACUCUGCCCCGAAAUUGAGAUUCGUUCACGACUAG